AACAAAAAUUUCGCUAAAAUAAAACAAAAAACAAGAAAAAAUUAAUAAGAAAAUUAAUUUCGAAUGUUUAAACGAGAUAAUUUCAAGUUUAUACCGAGUAAUAAUACAAUUGUUUGUUCAUAGUUUAAUGUGAUAUGAUGAAUUUAGGACAAGAGACGUCGUAACGAUGACGCGUACCUCUAAUAUCGUCUACAUAUUCCCACUUCCUUCAGCAGGUCAACCUGGAAUGGCGGAAAGCGGUCAAAGAGUGUGCAGGUGUUUUUUAAACGUAAAGUGUGCCAUUUGGUGACUUAAAACGCCCGGAGAACUUAUAAUCAUUUUUUAAUGGAACACCUCACACCACCAAUAAAAACCAUUAAAACCCGGUGAUUAUGGCAGAUACAGGUGUGGAAAAUGAAGCAGAUUCGGGUAGUGCAACAGCAAGAACAACAUCGGAAGACACUGGAAACGCUGAAGACGAUGAACAAAACGACAUGGAACGAGUAACAGGAAGUAACACGAAUUACGAUUCAAGCGAAGGUACGCAUCGGUGCGAUCACUGCGAUUUUGAAGCCAUUAACAAGUCUGCCCUAACGGCCCAUAUAGCCCAAAUGCAUUCCAGUGGACGUGGAAACGAAGUUGAACUGGAAGUUGAAAAUAAUAAUCCGCCCGCCGAUCGCCUGCAUCGAAAAAUGUUUGAAUGCGAUGUUUGUAACAUGAAAUUUUCAAAUGGCGCGAAUAUGCGGAGACAUAAAAUGAGACAUACUGGGGUGAAGCCAUACGAAUGUCGAGUGUGUCAAAAAAGGUUUUUUAGGAAAGAUCAUUUGGCUGAACAUUUUACAACACAUACAAAAACGUUGCCUUAUCAUUGUCCCAUUUGUAAUAGAGGGUUUCAAAGGCAAAUCGCGAUGAGGGCUCAUUUCCAAAACGAACAUGUUGGACAACAUGAUCUGGUUAAGUCGUGUCCUUUAUGUAGUUAUAGAGCGGGGUCUAUGAAAAGUUUGAGGGUGCAUUUUUUUAAUAGACAUGGAAUCGACCUGGAUAAUCCCGGCCCUGCUGGAUCUCAGGCUUCGCUAUUAGCCGCUGCAGCCCAACAAGGUUUUCAAAUAGAUGGUGCCUUAAAUUCAUUGGGAAAUCUGUCUGGGAGUGUUUCCGUAAGCGUUGCUGCUAAUUACAGUGAUUCAGGCGAUUCAACUGGGGCUAGAUCAACAGAUAAUGCCACACCUCCUAUGCAUUUUUUAACACCUCACGUUGAAAUUUCCAUGGCAGACGCCCCAAAUCCUGUUUUUUCUCCUUCAUUGUGUGAGCAAAGAAGCAAUUCACAACCUGGCCAAAGUGGCGAAUCCUCUCAACGACUCAAUGGAGAGUGUCCAGGUUCACCACAAUCGGCCGAUUCAAACUCAAACGCACCUUCAAGCAGCCACAUGCAAUCAAAUUCGCUUCGAAUAGAUCACGAAACCAGCAUAACUCCAUCCAUUUCGCUUAUACCAAUCAAACAAGAACCUAAUGAAGAUUCAUUUGAAAGUAAACGUGGUCCGGUUAAUCUUAGUACCUCGCCCUCGUCAGUUUCACCAUUAAAAAGUUUGCUGCGUGAAGACCUCAAAAGAAAAAUUGUUACAAGAAGUAGUUCAUCAAUGAGGGGAAGAUCUACAAUCUCACCUGGAAACACAGAGAGUUCACAAAAUGACCCAGGAACGACCACAAAUGGUACUAUUACAUCCACAGGUCCUGAACAACCGUCCGAUUCAACCGUAUGGAGGAUAUCUGGGAAAAGAUCCCUCUCAGGAUUACAAUGCAUUUUUUGUGGAAUAGGAUUCCCAGAUCAAACCUUAUACUUUUUACAUAAAGGUUGUCACUCAGAUGCGAAUCCGUGGAAAUGUAAUAUUUGCGGAGAACAAUGUUGUAAUGUUUACGAAUUUAAUUCACAUUUGCUCAGCAAAAGUCAUCAAUAAUAACAAAAAAAAAUAGAAAGAAAGAAAGUGAUGAUUGUAAUUUGCGAGGUUCUUUUAGUUUUAAAAAAUCAUUCCAAUUAAUGGUUAACAUUAACUAACAUAAACAUUCCCGACGCUGUGAUAGAAUUUCUGUAUACAUAGAAAAAUUACAAUCACUUUUUUUAAUAUAUUGCCUAAAAGAAUUUUCGUGAGUUAUAAUCGAAAAUGUACAAAACGCAAGAUAUAAAACGUAAUCAAAUCGUUUUUUUUAGUUAAAAUUUACAAGUGCCUCAUCAAUAUGGUUGACAUGAAGUUUGCUCUAAAUCAUGAAAAAGUGAAUAGAAAUAUAAAGAACAGAGAACCAAUUCCGUCCAAAAGCGUUAGUAGCUUUGUAAAAAUAUACAUAUAAAUUAUAUUUAAUUAAAAAAUGGAUUAAGAAAGAUUGAGAUUAUAUAUACACUGUAUUUACAAAAAAACUGUAUAGUAGAUUUGUUAUUAAGUAAAAGAAAAAGUUGUUAUGUAGAAUUUAGUCGAGGUAAUGCAUUCCAUUUUCUUCUCUUGUUCGUUAGGAAAAUUCCACCUUUCUUGUACAGUAUUUAUACAUAAAUAGUUAUUUUGUACUAUGAUUAUUAUUUUGUUUAUAAUAGGGUGCAAUACACGGUCUUAUCAAUCUAAAUUAGUGCCUUAAGACACAUUCUCUUUAUAACACCGUUAGUGAUUAUAAUUUAGGAUUGAUCCCAGGUGUUCCGGGUGGUUUUUUAAAAACUGCGACGUUAUUUUAUUUGUUGGAUAAUUCUUUAAGUUUUAGUUAAAAAGAAAAUCAUCUUGACCAAUUGUAACUUAUUCUCAAAAAAGGAAUACUUUUAUCUGUUGUAAUUUUUGGGCUUUAUUCAAAUAUUUUCUUAUUUAU